AUGUCUCUGGCGGACGUCUUUCCCUUCUCGCACGCCACCGGGCACAUCUUCUCCACGAGCGAACGCGUUGCGCUGUCGACGUCGCUGCCGUUGCUCAUGGAGAAGAGUAAGCGCCGCACAAUGGUGGUGUGGGGAAAGGUGUAUGGCUACAAGAACGACUACACUAUCGUGCAGGCCUUCGACGACGACCUCGUCGCGCCGCCGGUGAUCUACUACUCCAUCGACGAGGGACUCUCGUUCGUCUACCUCGGCACCGCCGACUCGCUGAUGGAGCGCAGCGUCGACGAGGCGCAGAACGCGAAGCAGAAGCAGCUGCUCAUGUACAAACUGCGUGGCCCCUUCAUGGGCGACCCGUCGUAUGAGUACCGUGUCAUUGACGACCAGACCGGCAGCACGGCGAGCUACAAGGAGUCGCUACGCCUCGUGCUGUUCAUCGAGGCGCACGACUAUCACUGCCGCGUCGCGCCACGCGGGGCGUAUUACCGCGAGCUGCGCAACGCCACGCUUCCGGCGGAGAUCAAACGCAACACCGGCUUCGUGGGUCUGCGCCGUGCCUACGACGAGGCGCUCUCGCUUCGCAACUACUACCACCUGCGGGCGGAGAACCCGUACCUGAAGCUCAUUGAGCGCAACGAGGGCGGGCUGCUGUACGAGAAGUCCGGACUGGAGCGGCUCGAGGAGGAUCAGAACCUCGACGCCGUCUUCUUUCCAAUCAGCGACGAUCUGCCUGGUGGUGUGUGGCGACUGCGCUACGACCCGGUGCACAAUGUCGUCCUGGGCAUGAGCGCAAAGUUUGUCGGCUCCGUCUUCUACCACGUGCCGGAGACAAACAAGUACGGGACGGUGUACAUGGGUGACGGCAACAUCAACCACGACGUCGCCUUUGAGAUUUAA